GCAGUUACAUACUGGCGCCUCAGGACGUAAUUGAGGCGACAGAGUGUAACUGCUGCACUGUUUAAGGUGGACUGGGAAAUUCGAAUAAGAGGCUGGCGAAUAGGAAGCCACCUUCACCCUCGCAGGAAGUGGUGUGUUGGAGGGGGAGAAUGGAAAAAGACAAUUGGUGGUGAGAAGAAAAUGCACUCCGUGCAAAAUCAGAUGGAUAUAACACAGUAUCUGAAAGAGUAUGUAACAUAACAGACAUCCAGCGAUUGCCCCCUUGUGAGCCCAGUUAUCUGAUUUUCAGUGGCAUGGAAGAGAAUGUAUUUACUUCUUUUGUAAAUGUGGCUUUUGCAGAUGGACUUUGCUUACAACAGCAUCUUGAUGAAAGUGAGGGCAAAGAACUCACCUUUGAAAAAGGUGCUCUCUUUAAUCCUACUCAAGCUGGCUCUUAUUAAUAUUUUGCAUUAUUUGGUUAUACCAUUAUGGACAUCCAAGAGCCAAGCAGGACCAAAGGCUUUUUAUGCAAGAAUUGUGGCAUAGUAUGUUCAAACAUGUCCAGUUUUUUGGAGCACACAGAAGCUUGUCACCAAUCUGAGAGCGAUCGGAAGUUUAAAUGUGAUGAAUGUGGGCGGGGAUACAGGCAUGCUGGCAGCUUGGCGAACCACAAGAAAACACAUGAGGUCGGAACCUUCCAGUGUCACAUAUGUACCCGGAAGCUCUCUAAUGCAUUAGCCCUCAAAAGUCAUUUGCGCAUUCACACAUCACGUAAGAAAUAUUCUUGCAUGGAGUGUGGGAAAGCCUUUCGAUUGGCAACUCAGCUGGCUACUCACCAAAAGGUCCAUCGCAAUCAGGAGUUAAGGGGAAGGACCAAGAGCAAUGACUUGACACACAAUCAGGCUGAAAGUAUUUGUGAAGAUGACCAACUGCAGCAAGUAGGUGAGCAGGAUUUCAGUAUAGUGUCAGAUCUGUCGCCAGAUAUAGGGUUAGAUGUUGCUCCUGAAAAUAGUUUUAGCAAUGGUCUGAUGUCAGAGCUCAUUCCAAGUUCUGCCCCUGAAAGUGACGCCUUUGCCAAUGGUGAUAAUGAGGACCGGCCAUAUAAAUGUGAUAUGUGUGAGAAGACAUACAGACAUCAUGGAAGUUUAAUAAAUCACAAGAAAAGUCAUCAGAUGGGAAUAUUUGACUGUACAGUCUGUUUCAAACAGUUCAACAACCUGGCUGCUCUCAACAGCCACCAGCGAAUCCACUAUAAAAUCAAGGGUCGACCCAGCACAGUUACCCAAGUGACCCCUGAGGCACAAUAUCAAAACCCUAAGUCAGAGCAGGUGUCAAAUGUGUUGCAAAAUGGGGCCACAAAUGUCCAUUUCUGUCACCUUUGUCAGGUAGCAUUUGCUACAGAUGAUGAGUUUCAAAAUCAUGUUAUGUUGCAUAACUCUUCUUCAGUGUCCUUUGAGCUCCCUACCAGCAUACCAGAAGACCAUAGUUUUUCAUAUAACAAUAGUAUUACUCAGUCUCCUGAACCUAAUCUGUAUCCAUCCUCCAGUGACACUCCACCAUUGCCUCCAUUACUUGACAAAGCUGAUGAUUAUGACCAAACCCAGGGGCCAAUGGAAAAUGGUCAUAUAUUUGUACCUCACCCUAUAGGUGACAACUCAAGUGUUGUAGACACUCAGGGAGAGUCUCUGCCCCUGCCAUCAGAAAACCUCAACCCUGAACUAUCAGAGCAAGCUAUUGAUGAUGGUAAGCAAGAUGAAUCUGUUAGCUCUGACCGCCGUUUUAAAUGCCACAUUUGUGGCAAGAGCUACAGACAUGCAGGUAGUCUCAUUAACCACAAACGCUCCCAUCAGACAGGUAUUUUCCAGUGUUCGAUUUGCCGUAAAAACUACCCUCAUCUGGCUGCCCUGCGCAGCCACCUUCGCAUUCAUAAGGGAAGGCCUUCUUCUAUAACAGCCACUGCCGAAGGUGACUGGCUUUCCUCUGAGCCUCUGACACAUGAAAAUCAGCAUGGUGGCUUUCCUUCUCAUGAAGGUGAUGUAGAUGGUAUUCUAGGCCUCCCUCAGGAUCUCGGAGACUCAGUGGGAAUGGACUCUGAUGGGGAGCUUGAUGGCACAGAAUUCCAGGAACAGUUUAACAGUCCCUUCUCUGAGGACAGACAAAUGCACCUACCUCAGGGUGAAGCCCUCAUGGAGAGGCACAUGUGUGCAGACUGUGGAAAUACUUUUUCUGAUAUUGCAGGGAUCAAGUCACAUGUGUGUCCCCUUUUGAAUCAGCAGUAUCAGUCCCUGUCAAAUGGCUUGGAUGGUCACUUGGACUAUAAGACUGAAAAUCAUCAGCAGCCUUUAGGAGAUCCAGGGGAGUGCAUCAGUUUUGAAGGACAGAAUGGCAGCACAACUGGGACAUACUUUGCAGGACAGAACUUUCAUGACACUAUGCAUGGCCAGAUAGUAAGUGACCAUGAAAAUAAGGGACACUGUGAAGAUGAUGGAGAUGAGGAGGAAGAUGAUGGAGAGAUGUAUCAGUGUUCUGUGUGUGGGAAUCACUACACCAGCAUGCGGGCACUGAGGAGCCACCUUCGUGGUCACACUCAAACCCAUGGCACCCCAUCAACAUCUGGCCCCUCCUCUAUGUCCUCCCUUGAAGCAGAAAAAGAUGAUGAACCAAGUGAGAUCCAACAAGGUGACUGUAGUCUGAUUAUUUGUAGCACUUGUGGAGAAAGCUUCUUAAAAAAACAGGACCUACUAGCCCACCAGCUCCUGCAUAGCAAUACAUUGGUUGGGCAACAAGAACAGUAUGUUACAGAGAACCAGAAUCAAGUCAAACCUAAAGAAGAAACAGACAGCAUUAUCUGUGGAAAGUGUGGAGUGGUCUCUGCCAGUGUUCAUCAGCUUGAGAGCCACAACUGUACUGGACAAAGAACUGAAGAACUCGAACAGCAUGAUGAAAAACCAGAUAUUGGCAGUGUUCAUGGACAAGAAGUCGGAUAUUUCCAAGAGAGUCCAAGCAGUGGAGACAGGCAGUACCGAUGUGAGCAGUGUGGACGUUCAUACAGACACGCUGGCUCGCUCCUAAAUCACAAGAAGUCGCACAAAACAGGGGUGUUCCGCUGCUUUGUUUGCCAGAAGCGCUUUUACAAUUUGCUGGCUCUUAAGAACCACCAGAGAACACACUUUGAUGUUAAGAAGCACAGUUGCACAGAAUGUGGGAAAGCUUUCAAAAUCCAUAAACAACUGUUGAACCACCAGAGAGUUCAUCAGGAAAACAAGGCCAAGAUUGAGGAACUCAACAAACAGAUCCAGACGCUCAUGCAGAUGAGUGGCAAUGUCUCUGUGAGUGGAGUGCAGCCGCUUGGUAUCAACAGAAAAAGGAGCAGUCGUCGCCGUAAGCAAAAAGACACUCCUGUUAGUGACCAGUCCAGCCCCGAAAAGGAUGGCCAGUCAGGGGAUCCCAGUGACCCACGGCCCUUUGUCUGUGAUCAGUGUGGGCGAAGCUAUCGGCACGCUGGAAGUCUGGUGAACCACAAAAACUCGCACAAGACAGGUGAAUAUUACUGUGCUGUAUGCAACAAUACCUACUCCAACCAGCUGGCAAUGAAGAAUCAUUUACGUAUUCACUUCUCAGUUAAAAAGCACUGUUGCCAGGAUUGUGGCAAGGCAUUCAGAGGAAAGAAACAGUUACUGAACCACACUUGUUCACACAACCGCAAGAAUGCAGCUGCAGUGGUGAGAGGAAAGAGUAGGGGUCGCAGACGAGCAAAGGCUUUAACAUGCAAGGAUUGUAGCUUGGUUUUUCCCACUGCUGACCAACUUGCAAGCCACAUCUGUAGCAACCAGCCUGGCUCUAAUUCUGCCACUGAACAAAGCAGCAAUGACAGUGCACCUGUAGUAAAAGAAGAGCGACCAUUCAAAUGCAACAUUUGUGGACGAAGCUAUCGUCAUGCAGGCAGUCUGCUGAACCAUAAAAACACACAUAAAACUGGACAUUUUACCUGCUCUUUCUGUGCCAAGCCUUUUUCCAAUCCCAUGGCACUGCGUAAUCAUACUCGCAUCCACACACAGAAAAAAAAAUAUGUCUGUCCAACCUGUGGAAAAGCUUUCCGGCUUUCUAGUAUCCUCUACAACCAUCAAAAGGUCCAUGCCAGGGGAGUCACCCAUUAUAGCUGCCAGACAUGUGGUAAGAGCUUCCAGGGAAAAUCUGGGCUUAAGAGACACCGCUGUUACAAAAGUGGCACAUCGACCUCUGCUCUGAAUCAGGAUGGAGGAGACAAGUGUUACACGUGUGAUCAGUGUGGGCGCUCUUACAGACAUGCUGGCUCUCUUCUCAACCAUAAGAAGACUCAUUCCGCUGACCUCCUCCAUUGUACUCUCUGCCUCAAAACUUUCACUGACCCUCUGGAACUACAGAGCCAUUCCCAGAUGGCCCGCCACUGCUGCCCAGACUGUGGGAAGACAUUUUGUGAAUUUGCUCACCUGCAGAGCCACAUGGAGGUGCACAGCAAGGGACUCCCUUACUACUGUAGUCUGUGUCAGCAGAACUUUCCCAAUAUUGCCAGCUUUCAGCAGCACCGAGAGGUCCACCGUUGCGUACAGGGGCAGUCACAUCAUCAGCAAGGCAUGCAGAUGCCGCAGGAUUUAGAUUGGGACUCUGGACUGGACCAGCAGAUGGGGCUCCAAGAUCUCCCCAAAAUGGAUCCAGCUUUCAGCCAAAUGCAAGAAGGCUUCUCCGAACAGCAAGUUCCGCAAGAGAGCAGUGAGGAAUUUGCAAGAGAGGAGAAGAGCCACGUGUGUGAGCAUUGUGGACGCACUUACCGACAUGCUGGAUCUCUGCUCAACCACAAGAACAGCCACAAAACUGGCUCCUUCAUCUGCUCGGUGUGCCAGAAAAAGUUCAACAACCUAAUGGCACUGAAGAACCAUCGGCGUAUUCACACAGAGCCUAAGCGCUACCAGUGCCUGGAAUGUGGCAAGGCCUUCCGGGUGUCCACCCAGCUCAUCUGCCACAGACGCAUACAUACCAAGGAGAAGCCCUUCUCCUGCCUUCUCUGUGAGAAGCGUUUCUCUAGCAAGUCCAACCUGCGACACCACCAGAAGAUGCAUCAGAACGCCCAGCAGUCCUUUGAGUCCUCGUUCAGCAUGGACCCAAAUGCCUUCAUGGAAUUGGGUGUGGACCCUUUCCUCUAAGGCAGGAUUUGCAGGGCCCUCACUCUAAUCUCCAUGUUCCAAGGGAAGAUAUCAAAACACUUCUCUUAUGAAACUCUUUUCCCCCACCCAAGGCCCAAUGCCAAUAAUCGUCAAACAUCAGGUUUUUCUGCUGUAUUUGUCAAGAUGGCGUCCAAUCCAGAUGCUGAUCUUGGCAGGAGUUGCCUCCUGUACUGUUGUAUUUUUAAAAAGAAAUAUUUCUUUAAAGGACAUUUAAGACUGGCAUUGAUUCGAUACUACCUCUGGUAGGGACAGUCAUACUGUAGAAACUUUAGAAUAAGUGAUGGUGCCUGUCAGAAACCAUUUUAGAUUUGAAUGUUUUUUUUGUUUGUUUGUUUGUUUUUUUUGUCUUUUCACGGAGUGCACAAAAAUUAAAGAAUUGUAUGGUACUAUGAUGGGUCUCAAACUGAAGACUAGGGUGAUAAUGUAUCUACCCAGACUUUACCCCAGCAUCGCCUCUAUAAGUAGAGUCCGACCGAUUAUUUGGUUGACCCCAAGAGAAAGGGCAUAACCAGAACAGCAACAAGAUGCACCUCUCCAGGUGACUUGGUGACCUUGAUGUUUUAAUGGAUGAGAAGGAUGUCCAUAUCCUUAAUGUGCUUCCAUGUUUUCAGGUCUUUGUACUUCUCAUUAUAGAAAUUAGCUCUGUGAACACCUCAUCGAUAGUACAACUUAAACGUUGUAAAAGUCCUUCACUUUAAUCAUGGAUGACACUGUUAAUGCUGUUAAACAGCAACAAUAGAUUUAGUAGUGGUUUCCUGAGACCUAUCAGAGAUAUUUAUUUAUUUAUUUAAAGAUCUAUUUAUACCCUAUGUUAAUAAUUGAAAAAAAAUCAUUAUCACCGUUUAACACAGUAAACUUUAUGCAUGGUAUUAGAUGUGCUUUAACAGUAAUUACCUAGGUAUUGUAGAUAAUGGUUAUGAUGCAUUUAAAGAUACCUCCUCCAAAAGCAUUUCAGUGUGAUGUAUUUCAAAUAACCAAGUGACCAGGUUAUUUACUGUUAUCUUCUCAAUGUGUAAUUUAAUGUAUUCUCUUGUAUAUCACCUUUAUUUAAUCUAGUCUCUGUAAUUUCUCAAAAUGACUGCUGAGUAUACGACAACGGUUAGUGGGUGAAUGAGAAUGUGUAACCUUAGAGAUUGUGUUGAUACUGAACCCAAACAUCCAUGAUCGGUCGGGCUCUAUGAUGGGCAGGGACACCUUUUUGGGGACGCUUUUCUGUAGUUUCAAAAUUGCUCAGGUUUCACACCUCAAUCAGUAGAAAUAUAAUGACACUGGUCUGAUGCACAAAGUAUCUGGGGCAGAUGUGUGUUGGCCAAGGAUAUAAUGCCAGGUUGGAUUUCUGUGCCAUUUCAUAUCAUUGCCCUACUUAGAAUGAACUUAAUAGUAGUUUCCAUUUAUGCCUAUUUCAGUGCUUACUGAUUAUUUAAGACUAGGAGAUGCAGACCUUCAUGGCUUAAGUGCAUUUGACAUGAAACUCCACUGACUUCUGAAUCUUUGAGAUUCUCUGUAAUCAGUUACAUAUAUCUUAAAUACAGAAUAUUUAUUUUUGUUCUUAUAAUCGAUGUUUCUCUUUCUCAAGUAGGGGACUAAGCAGAUACUGUUUAUUUGUAGUUGUUCAUGCCCUCACUUCCUGGAAAUGAAUAAACACAAUGUAAAUGUU